AAUGGAGUUUGUGACAGCCCUGGCAGACCUCCAAGCAGGCGCUAGCUGUCCCAUCUGUCUGGACUACUUGAAAGACCCAGUGACCAUCAGCUGUGGGCAUAACUUCUGUCUCUCCUGCAUCAAUAUGUUCUGGAAGGAUCUAAAUGAUACUUUCCCUUGCCCUUUUUGCCGAUUUUGCUGUCCAGAAAGGAAAUUCACAAGCAAUCUCCAACUGGGCAAUUUGACUGAAAUUGCUAAGUUACUCCAGAUAAGAAGAAGCAAGAGGAAGAGGCAGGAAGAGAAGCUUGUAUGUGAAAAGCACAAUCAGGUUUUGACCUUUUUCUGUCAGAAAGAUCUAGAGGUUUUAUGUCCACGAUGCAGUUUCUCCACUGAUCACCGGAAUCACUAUGUUUGGCCCAUAGAGAAGGCUGCCCCCUAUCAUAGGAAAAGAUUGGAGUGUUGCAUUGAGCCCUGGAAGGAGAGAGUGGAGCAGGUUGAAAAAGUGAUAACUAUGCAAACCAGAAAAUCAUUGGAACUAAAGAAGAAGGUAGAAUAUAGGAGAGAAGAAAUAAAGUCUGAAUUUGAGCAACUUACGUUGUUUCUUCAAAAUGAGCGAGAGACUGUUCUUCAGCAAUUACAAGAUGAAGAAGUGGAUAUUUUAAAAAAACUAAAUGAAAACCUAACAAAAUUUUCAGAUCAUGUUUCUACAUUAAAAUGUCUAUUAAAGGAGAUAGAGAGCAAAUAUGUGAAAUCAGAACUGGAAUUACUGACAGAUGUUAAACGUAUGUACCAUAGAUAUAAAACCUUAAAGUCCCCUGAACCUUUUUCAUUCCAAUUAAAGGAGUAUGGUUAUUGUCUUCCUCCACAAUAUUCUGGCCUAAACAAAAUUAUCAAGCAAUUUCAAGUGGAUGUAAUUCUUGAUCCUGAAACAGCACAUCGUAAACUUAUUGUCUCAGAAGAUAGAAAAACUGUGCAAUAUGGAAAUACAAUGCAAAACUUACCUCAUAACCCAAGGAGAUUUUAUCUCUGCCCAGCUGUUCUGGGUUCUGAGGGAUUUAAUUCUGGCAGGCAGUAUUGGGAGGUAGAAGUGAAAGACAAGCCUGAAUGGAUCAUGGGUGUCUGUAAAGACUCUCUUCCCAGGAGGAGGAGGAGGAGGAGUCUGAAUCAACUGAUGUUAGUACAGGAUGGAUUAUGGGGUAUUGGGCGAUAUAGUCAGAGUAAUUAUGUUGCAUUGGGUCCUAAAAAAAUUAAUCUUCUGCCAAAAGUAAUACCUAGCAAGAUCGGCAUUUUUUUAGACUGUGAGUUGGGUGAAGUUUCCUUUUACAAUUUGAAUGAUAGAUCUCUUCUCUAUAUUUUUAAUGAUUAUUUUACAGGAGCACUUUGGCCUUAUUUCUAUACUGGAACUGAUUCAAAACCUCUUAAAAUCUGUACAAUAACAGAUUCUGAAUGCUGA